UGUGUGUGUGUGUGUGUGUGUGUGUGUGUGUGUGUGUGUGCAGAUGAUCCCACCCAGAGGCUGUGCCUACAUCUGUAUGGUCCACAGACAGGAUGCAUAUCGCGCUCGCCAGAAGCUCAGCACUGGCUCCUUUAAGAUAGGCUCCAAAGUCAUCAAGAUUGCAUGGGCUCUGAACAAAGGGGUAAAGCAGGAGUACAAGCAGUUUUGGGAUGUGGACCUGGGUGUCACCUACAUACCCUGGGAGAAGGUGAAGCUGGAUGACCUGGACGGCUUUGCUGAGGGAGGAAUCAUCGACCAGGAGACCGUUAAUGAUGGUGAAAACACACAUUCUUAUAAAGGGGGAAAAACUGCUUUUAGAUAUUGCCUAGGAAAGAGAUAAAUGAAUAUUUGUGAA